AUGAAAAUGGCGCCCAAGCGGAAAUUCCUGGCACUUGAGGAGCCAACAAAUGGGCAAUCCGGAUGCAAGAAAUCAAGGUUGGGUCAGAAUGAGGAUCGGGUCAAGCAUGCGCUUCUACAACAGCACUAUGAUGACGUGAAGACACUUCGCGAAUUUCUGCUUUCCAAGCUGCCAGGGUCUUCGAGACUUCGCCGCAAGAAGAUUGCAUCACUGGGUAAAGACGAGACAUGGGCACGCAGUCAAGACCGCGAAAUCCUACCGCAGCUUUCUUCCUUACUAGACACGACUUUGGUCUGCACACAACACCGUCCUGGGGCACAAACUGACUCUCGGUGGGAGCAAUGGAGGACUUUUUCUCAAAAAGCCGACGAUUCUGUCGUAUCUCUCUCAGGGGGGUUGGCCAAAGCUACAUCCUCACAGUCAGAGAUCGUUGACUUUGUAGUUUGGCAAAUAUUCUCCAGAAUACAGCCUCAUACUGCUUGGCCGAAGCACCUCCUCUGUGAUGGUUUCAGGAGACGGGGUCAGAACAUUGCUAAUGUGAAUGGCCACAGUCACGACAGCGCCAUUCCUGGACUGGCUGUAAUUCACCAGAAUCAUUACGUCCAGGCCCUCAAAGAGGCCCCUUGGCCACAAGUGCUUAUGCUCCUCGGCAAAUCGGGCGAACAGGUCAUGAUAGAUCUCCUCAUUGAUACGGCGAUAUUUCUUCCUGUUAAAGCCGGCCUCGGUAAUAUGUACCAGCUCAGUGGUAUUCCCAUGUCAGAUACGAGCGUAUCUGUAGUCGCGGAUCAGGACAAAACGAAGCAAACGAAAGGAAAUGCGGCAAUGUCCACGGCACCCCAAGAGAGGCUUCCGUCCGAGAUCAACUUCGUCAGGAAUCGUAUGCUCUACGCUCGAGCUCCCCUUACCGCUGGAGGUACGGUCCAAUACGGACUACGACACAUACAUGUCUUGAGUCGUUGUCCACGCAUAUAUUGUCCAGAACAGGCAGCGGACGAAGAAAAAUCCAGAACGAUGCAGACGAAUGAGCGCAACACACUGAAAGUGAUGAUGUAUAUUUUCCCUCGCCAAUUUAGACUGCACAAUGUCUUCACCUCCAAGGUUGACCACUCCAAGACAUCUCAGAAGUUUGCAGACUACACCCUCCGCGAAGACGAGAUCUCAGCAACAUUCAAGGGGCGGAACAUCAAGCUUCCCAAGAGGCUGCGUGCAGACACAAAACGCCUAGUGCAGCGGUUACAACUUCUUCAUGGUCGCUGCGCUUACGCUGAGCUAUUGCGGCACUAUUGUCCCUCCGCCAUCGACCUCAAAGCCCGGAAACCCGUCUCGAAGAAGCCGGUGAAGCAGUCCAAGAGACUUUGUCCUUCCCAGGCGCCGGGGAGAGACAACAAUCAGCCAGUCACAUCGUAUGGUCUUCCCAGUAGUAGCACGCAGAGCCGCCAUAGGCUGCAUAAACCAACAGCGUCUCCAUUAAUUACCAAGUUUGAUGCUGUCACUGAUUUGGCGACUCCAGCAGCUCAUGUGUCCGCAUUCUGCCAGGCUGUAUUGGCCAAGCUCAUCCCAGAUGAGAUGUGGGGCACUGGUGAGGAUCGGAUUCACAACAAGAGUCAGAUACUGAGGAAAGUUGAUCACUUUGUCAAACUACGGAGGUUUGAGGCCAUGUCCCUCAGCGAGCUUGCAGACGGACUCAGGACCACUAGUAUGGAAUGGCUGGCGCCUCCGGCUCUCAAAGGCCAGAAAGCCAGCCUGACUGACACGAAGAAACGACUCGAAAUAAUGAACGAGUUUCUGUACUAUCUUUUCGAUUCGCUCUUGAUACCCCUUUUGCGCAGCAAUUUCUAUAUCACAGAGUCGAGCUCUCAUCGUUACCGUCUCUUUUUCUUUCGACACGACGUUUGGCGAUACGUUGCAGAACCGGCAAUGGCGACCCUUCGGACAAAUAUGUUCGAGGAGAUGAAGCUUGAUGAGGCUACUCGAGUCCUAGACUCUAGGCGAUUGGGCUUCAGUCGCAUCAGACUGCUCCCCAAAGGGAAGGGCAUGCGGCCGAUCACGAACCUGCGAAGAAGAACAGAGAUCAGGGGUAGGAGCACAAUCCUCGGGCCAAGCAUAAACUCCGUAUUGGGUCCAGUGCAUUCCAUGCUCAAGCUUGAAACGCAAAGCAACCCUUCCAAGCUUGGGUCGUCCAUGUUUUCAGUGGGCGAUCUCUACCACCGCUUAAACACCUUCAGUGCCGGAUUUGGGAACCAGCGGCCAAAGUUCUAUUUCGCCAAGGUAGAUGUGCAGUCUGCUUUCGACACGAUUCCUCAGGAGGCCGUCAUCAGGCUGAUGGACAGCAUUCCGAGCCGGGACCAGUACAUCAUCAAGAAGCACGUUGAAGUCAAAGCCGGCUUGCUGGAUUCUCGGCAAAAUAAGAACGCGGCAUCGAAAGUAACACGGCGAUGGCACUCCAUCGCCGUCACCCGCGACGACACCGCCGACUUUUCGCAACUGGUGGAGAAGCGCCUCGGCCUCAACCGGAAGAACACCGUCUUCGUGGGCAACAUGAUGAGGAGAGAGGUGGAAACGGGGGGCCUGAUGGCCCUGAUGGAGUCGCACAUCAAACAGAAUCUCGUCAAAGUGGGCAAGAAGUUUUACAGGCAGAAGAAGGGUAUCCCACAGGGCUCCGUGCUGUCCUCCGCCCUGUGCAACUAUUUCUACGCCGACCUCGAGGCGCAGCAUCUCGCGUUCCUGGCGGGGGAGGAGGAAGACUGUCUGCUCUUGAGGCUGAUUGACGACUUCCUCCUCAUCACGACAGACCAGACGAAGGCGUGCAGGUUCGUGCAGGUCAUGCACGGCGGGCUGCCCGAGUACGGCGUCACCGUCAGCCCCAACAAGACCUUGGUCAACUUUGAGAUGGAAAUUGAUGGUAUGAGUGUAGCCAGACUUCCAGACGGGGCUCGGUUCCCGUAUUGUGGACUGGCUGUCGACUGUGAUACCCUCGACAUUGUCAAAGAUCGAGGCCAUAUCAAAGAUACAGUGGUUUCCAAUGCCUUGACGGUCGAUUAUGGAAACAAGCCCGGCCAGAAUUUCCAAAGAAGGGUCUUGAACGCCUUCAAGAUCCAGUCCCACCUCAUGUUCUACGAUACCAAACACAACACCCUCAAGACCGUCAUGACGAACCUUCACAAGGCGUUCGCAGAGACGUCCGAGAAGAUGUGGGCCUACUGGCGCUGUCUGCCUACCAGCAAACGGCCCGGUGACGGACUCGUUAUGCAGACGUUGAACAAAAUGAUUGACGUGGCUUUCGGACUGCUCACAAGCAAGUCUAGGAGGGAGAAGUACCCAGACUACGCCUUCGCUAUAGAGAAGACGCACGUCGCGUGGCUUGCUCUCGACGCGGUGAGGAUGGUACUCGCGAGGAAACAGGCAAACUUCAUGACGGUCUUGUCGUGGAUCGAUGCAGAGCUUGGGCGGCUCGACUCCAAGAAGGCGGCGCGGGCGAAGAAGUACAUAGGACAAUGGACAAACUAA